GAAAUAAAUCAGUGUGAUGGGAAAAAAUGGUUUGCUAUUGAAUUCUUAUUUAAAAUUAAAAUUAUUUGUUCGUAUAUAGUUUGUUUUCGAAUGGAUGCGUUUGAAUAUUGAGAUUCUUAUAUUUGUAGUUUCGAUUAAUUUGGGGCAUUUUGGGUGCUUAAUUUGCGUUGAUUUGGGAAAAUCGACUUUGUUGCUCAAACGUGUGGUGGUGGUCGUCGUCUUGUGCGCAUGCGUGCACGCGGCACAACUCCGCCAGGCAGGUCUAAUCUGGCAGGUGUGUCACGCGUCUCACACGCACAAACUGGCUCCGCAGAGGUGAGAAGUUUCUUUACGGGGGUGUGGGGGAUCCACUUUGCGCUUGGAGUUAAUUCUUGCUACUCGCUCGUCACUUUAGCGCCUUGACGCACGCCAGGACCGAGACGGAGAAUACGCACGCGCGGCCGCGCGCACAGGUGUGCAGAGGAGCCAGAUGGUUCCGCUGUGAGGUUCGGGUCUCAGGGUCUACAGGGUCCGUCCGCCAUGUUGCAGCUCGGAGGCGUCAAGAAGUGUUUCUCCAUCGAGGCUCUUGUCGGGAAGCAGCAGCAGCAGCGGCCCGAAUGCGUCCAAUUGGUACGGACCGCCUUCGAGGAGCCUAUUCGGCCCACCGCGCUCCGCUUUCCGGAGGCCCUGCACCAGCUCCCGGGCGGAGGGCCCGGUGGUGGUGUCCGAAGCUCGUAUUCGUCUGCCGGACCCAAUUUGGGACUCCACGUGUUCGGCCGACAUCCCGGACUCGGCGUGAGCCUGUUGUACCCCUCUGGCGCCGCCGCGGGGCCCCCCGCCUCCUGGAUCCUCCACAACCACCACAGAUACGUGCACACGCUGGCAGGUGAUGACGGCGGUGCAGAGAACCUUCUGCUGCACGGCGCUUUCUCCCGGAAACCCAAACGGAUCCGCACGGCGUUUUCUCCCUCACAGCUCCUGCGUUUAGAGCGAGCGUUUGACAAAAACCACUACGUCGUCGGCGCGGAGAGAAAACAGCUAGCUUCAGCUCUCUGCCUCACUGAGACACAGGUAAAGGUGUGGUUCCAGAAUCGCAGAACCAAACACAAGCGUCAGAAGUUGGAGGAAGAAUCCCCUGAGGCGGAAAACAAGCGCUCCAAAGCCAGCCAACACGUUAACAGAUGGCGAGCUGCCACGCAGCAGAACCCCGCCAAACGCAUCGACGGCAUCGGCGACCACUGAGCGGACGGACGCUGGCCAGAAAGGCCACUCGGACUCCGUUCAUGUUUGGACUGAGAUGAAGGAGAAAGAACAUUGUUGAUUGUCAAGUGUGCCAACAAACACAAAAACACUCUCCAACACGAGCUAACGUUAGCAUGUUAACACCACACAAGAAGUCAACAAUCACAGCAAGUACGUGUACAAAUUUGCAUUCUUACUUGUGACGUGAUCCAUUUCAGCUGAGGGACAGUGUACGGGCAUAGUUAUGUAAAUGAGCCACUCUGUGAUGUCGCAAUUUUGAUCAAAUUAAGGAGGGCGUACUUAAAGCCAUGUUUUAAUGAAGUCACACAACUCCAAGUUGAUUUGUUGGUUUCAUUCCUGCCACUCCAGAAAGGCCACAAACUAUUUUGAUGCAAAAUAUUAAUAAGUCACUUUUACAUGAUGUAUCUCCUUUAAAAAAAAGAAAGAACUGUAUUAAUAACGUGAGAAAAGCAAACGGCGUCUGUUGUGAACAGACGGAUGCCAGUCUGGAGGACGUCUGGGACCAAGACCAACGCACGCACGCACGCACGCACACACACACACGCGCACGUACUCACUCACUGCAGGAGUUGCGUCAAACUUCCAUUUAACCGAUAGCUUGAAACGUAAAGAUGCCUGACAAUAAAGAUGACAAAGAUCUGAAUAUCCCAAAAUACAUACAAACUAGUUUGGUGUAAGCCGUCAAAAAUUAUUUCCAUGACGUUGACUUCCAGUGGGGCCUGCCAUUGAUGGCGACCAGUCUGUAAUUUGUGACCAGUUUUUGGGUGUUUUUCCAAAUGUCAGCUGACCCAAACGAGAGCAAUCGUAGCCGGAAAUGAAAGGAGGGAUGUUCCAUCUCGCUCUUUCUCAUUGUCCUCUUCCUCUUGCAGUCUCGUUCUUGGAGGUCAUGUGACGAUGUCAUCGCAGUGCUUUUAUGAAUGAGAAGUAUUUGAAGUGGUCUUCUAAAAAGAGUCAAAAACAAGAAUAGGUUGUACUUCCUGUGUUCAUGUUUCAAAAAUAAAACUCAUUGAAUGAG